AUGCAGCUUACGGGAACCAGCAGCCCCGCUCCACCAUGUCCUCCCUUCCCUUCGUCGCCGCCUCGCCGGCCACCUCGACGCGGUCGGCGAGCACUGCACCAGGCGCGGCUCGAGAUCACUCUCCGCAGAGGCCACGGACGCAAGCACCGAAGCCCUCGCACGAGGAUCCCGGAGCUCUCCUGGCCGCGGCGUACGCGUGCGGAGCUCGUUCAGCUGUGUGCUGUGCGCGUGGUGUCUACGGACAUGGACGGCUGCGAGAUGCGUGUGUGUGAGUGCUUGACCGAGUGCGUGCUGCUCCCGAGCGGCGCUGAGCCGGCGUCCCCUUGGCCAAACGCCGGCGUGCGUGUCGGCCUGGCGCACACUACCUGUUUGGUGAAAUGCUUGAACCAUUGGGCCAUACAAUGUCCGUGCGUGGGGAAGAAGCAAAAGGGCAGCGGCAGCAGAGCAAGGAGACCCGGUGGCGGAUGACGGCGGCUGCUACGCAUCAAGUUGGUGGCGACAGAUUGUUAUAAAGGUACGAGGGUAAUUAGGGGAGCAAUUAGGGAAGAUGAUUAGGGGGGGAUAGCUGGCAUAAUCUGUAAGUUGGAGAAGCCAAUAAAGUAGUCUGUAAGUUGGAGGGGCCAAUUAAGUCUUUUAGACAGGUGCUUGUAGCCAAUCCACUAGGAGGCAUGUUCUUGCUAUCGUGUCAUGUAUGACUUGGCUUAUGGACAUGGUAGGUUGAGCUCAAGUUGGCGAUAAAUAACUAAAAUGUUACACAUCAAAGAAGAAACUAGGCAACUUAAUGAGGAACAUCGGAAGUUUCCUCCAUUUUUCUACUCACUAGCCUUGCAUGUAGUACCCGUGGUUUGUCCUCCUUCAUCUUUUGUCUGCGUCAAAUACUUCAAUGCACAUGCUCUUCAACCUUAUCUUCUGAUUUCUUUGUGCAAUUGCGAUGUAGCACCCCCCAACCACUAAAUUAAGGGCUAAAAAAAACUAUGCAAACCCUGUCAUUUUCCUAAUGCAAUUGGCAGAGCCCGUUGACCACAUCUAUUCUUCUCGCAUUUUUGUUUAGCUCCGAUUUUUCUCCAAGGUGUGCGUAUGCAUGAUUGAUUACUUGCUGGAUGAGCCGAGAGGGACAGUUCAUGUCCUUGACCAUUUCACCAUGAAUAGACAAUUGGUGUCACCUUCAUAUAGCAAAUGGCCUAUUCUGACCUUCAAACAGAUGAGCAACUAAAAUCAUUUCAGGGACACCUCGAGAAACUGCCCAAGCAUGGAGCUCUCUCCAUGGCUCAUCUUGUUUGGUGUUCUUGUGCAGGCUUCUGUCAUCCUGGCUGAUACAAAUGUGCAAGACACUGCUGGCCUCACCGGGAUCGCAGCUUCCUGGGACACCAAACCAUCAAACUGGGAUGGCAAUGAUCCAUGCGGCGACAAGUGGAUCGGGAUAAUUUGCAUCCAGGACCGGGUCACAUCCAUAAGACUGUCAAGUCAAUCACUGUCCGGAACUCUUUCGGGGGACAUUCAAUCUCUCUCGGAAUUACAAUACUUGGACUUAUCCUACAACAAGGACUUGGGUGGCUCUCUUCCUUCAUCCAUUGGAAGCUUGAGCAACCUCCAAAAUUUAAUACUUGUUGGCUGCAGCUUUGCUGGUGAAAUACCUAAAGAGAUUGGCCAGCUCUCAAAGCUGAUAUUUCUAUCUCUAAACUCCAACAGGUUCACUGGUCACAUACCGCUGUCACUCGGUGGCCUCUCAAAGCUAUACUGGUUUGAUCUAGCUGAGAAUAAGCUCACUGGAGGACUUCCGGUAUUCGACGGGACAAAUCCUGGCUUGGAUAAUCUGACAAAUACAAAGCACUUCCACUUCGGCGGUAAUCAGCUCUCUGGCACCAUACCGAGCCAGAUUUUCAACUCACACAUGAAGCUGAUACAUUUUCUUGUCGACAACAACAACUUCUCUGGCAGCAUCCCCCCUACUCUAGGCCUUCUUAACGUGCUGGAAGUUCUACGUUUUGAUAACAACAAACAGUUGUCUGGGCCAGUUCCGACCAACAUCAACAACCUCACCAAGCUUGCUGAACUCCAUCUAGAAAACAAUCAGCUCACUGGCCCACUGCCAGACCUGACAGGAAUGACUGCGCUCAGCUUUGUGGACAUGAGUAACAACACCUUCAAUGCAUCCGAUGCUCCAGCUUGGUUCACCGCUUUGCCGUCUUUGACUUCAUUAUACCUAGAGAAUCUGCAAAUCGGCGGGCAGCUUCCGCAAGAACUUUUCGCCCUUUCUGCAAUUCAGACACUGAAGCUUCGGGGCAACCGCUUCAAUGGCACCCUAAAUAUUGGGUCAGACUUUGGUAGCCAGCUCCAAACAAUUGAUUUGCAGGGCAAUCAAAUCGAUCAGCUCACUGUUGGGGGAACCCAAUACAACAAGAAACUCAUACUUUUAGGAAACCCAAUAUGCAACCAAGGGAACAACGAGCAAUACUGCAAAACCGCGACACAAUCCAACCCGGCGGCGCCACCAUAUUCUACUUCUAAGAACUGCUCCGGGCUGCCAGCGACAUGCCUCCCAAGCCAGCUUCUGAGCCCAAGCUGCACAUGUGCUGUGCCGUACAAAGGCACACUGUUCUUCAGGGCACCAUCAUUUUCUGACCUCAGCAAUGAGUCGUACUACCUUCUACUGGAGAAGGACAUGAAGACCAAGUUCCUGUCAUACAAGGCCCUGAUCGACUCGAUCGCUCUUCACAACCCAUUCUUUGAUGCGAACAACAACUUGGAGAUUAGCUUGGAGGUGUUCCCCGGCGGCAAGGUUCAGUUUGGAGAGCAGGACAUUUCUGACAUUGGGUUCAUUUUGAGCAAUCAAACGUAUAAGCCGCCCCCUGUUUUCGGUCCAUACUAUUUCAUCGCCCAAAGCUAUCGUGUUGCAACAGAGGUGCCAGCAUCUAAAAACUCAAAGGCGAACAAGUUGCCACUUAUCGUCGGAGUCGCAGCUGGUGGUGCAGUUGUUAUUGCAGUGCUGCUUCUUGUUAUUUUUUUCAUCACGAGACGGAAGAGAGAACCAAAGAAGACCGAAGAGAGAAGCCAGUCUUUCGCUUCUUUGGACAUGAAGAGCACCAGCACCAGUGUGCCACAGCUGCGCGGUGCGCGCACGUUCACGUUUGCUGAGCUGAAGAAGAUAACCAAUAACUUCUCGGAGGCGAACGACAUAGGGAAUGGCGGCUUCGGGAAGGUUUACAGGGGGACACUUCCGACUGGGCAACUGGUUGCUGUCAAGAGAUCCCAGGAGGGAUCCCUGCAGGGGAGCCUGGAAUUCAGAACCGAGAUCGAGCUCCUGUCCAGGGUUCACCACAAGAACGUGGUGAGCCUCAUGGGUUUCUGCCUUGACCAGGGCGAGCAGAUGCUGGUCUACGAGUACAUCCCCAAUGGCACACUCAAAGAGAGCCUCACAGGUAAGUCCGGCGUGCGUCUGGACUGGAAGCGGAGGCUCCGCGUCAUCCUCGGCACUGCCAAGGGCAUCGCCUACCUCCACGAGCUCGCAGACCCUCCCAUCGUCCACCGGGACAUCAAGUCGAGCAACGUCCUCCUCGACGAGCGGCUCAACGCCAAGGUCUCGGACUUUGGCCUCUCCAAGCUUCUAGGCGAGGACGGCAGGGGGCAGGUCACCACGCAAGUGAAGGGCACAAUGGGUUACUUGGACCCUGAGUACUACAUGACGCAGCAGCUGACGGAGAAGAGCGACGUGUACAGCUUCGGCGUGCUGCUGCUGGAGAUGAUCACGGCCAAGAAGCCGCUGGAGCGGGGGCGGUACAUCGUCCGGGAGGUGCUCGCCGCGCUGGACCGGAGCAAGGACCUGUACGGCCUGCAUGACCUGCUGGACCCGGUGCUGGGCGCGUCGCCCACGUCGCUGGGCGGGCUGGAGCAGUACGUGGACCUGGCCCUGCGCUGCGUGGAGGAGGCCGGCGCCGACCGCCCGUCCAUGGGCGAAGCGGUGAGCGAGAUCGAGCGGAUCACCAGGAUGGCCGGCGGCGCCCCCGAGUCGGCGUCGGAGUCCAUGAGCUACGCCAGCAGGACGCCGCGCCACCCGUAUGGAGGUGACAGCCCGUCCGAGUACAGCGGCGGCGGGCUGCCGUCGUCGAGGGUGGAGCCCAAGUGAAGCUAGCUAGCUGCCAUGGCCAUGUACCGUACCAUAUCAGGUGUGAGUGUGAUGCGUGGGCUGAAUUUGUGUGCUAUGUUUUGUACAGCUUACUUGCCUUAUGUGUAAAUUUUGGUUGAUGAUAAUUAGUGUAUGGAUUGAGCAUUAGGUAAUGGAUAAAACAGAAGCUCUCUGAGUUAGUUUCUCUUUCA